GGUUCAAGUGGACAUAAAAAUUAUAAUAAUUUUCGUAUGUUGUCAUGUAUUUAGAAGCAUUUUGAUGAAGUCAGUGAAAGUCUGCUAAGAGCCUCAUAAAUAUUCGCAUCAUUCCGUAACGGUCAUACCUAAGUAAAAUAAAUCAUCAACAUCAGAUCCAAAUAAUCUUUUUGGUGUCUGUUAAAAAUCGGUUAGUCUCAUAUAUAUGAUUAGGAAAGUUAAGCUGAAGAAAGAUAAGGCUUUAGUCCUGUAAAUGUUGCAUCGUGUUAGGUUUACCUGCCCAAAAACAUGUGUUACUUAAUUUCGUACUUAACUACAUUAUGUAUAGGUACUAUACAUAUUGUCUGAAUAAUUAUUUUUCUGGAAAACUGUAGCAUAUAAAAUAUUAUUUUACUUAUUUAUCAAACGCUUGUUAAUACGUUCAUAAGCCUGUUAAUGACGGUUCUUAUAAUUAGCACUAAGGGUUUACACACAGGAUCUAAUUACCGGUUGCUAUAAAUACACGAGGAUGUCUUCAGAGAUAUCAUUGUGAAAUAAUUAUAUUGUAACCGGAAAAUGGAAAAACUGGUCUUUAUAUUGUUUGCCGCGCCAUGGUUAAUUUCUGCCAUGGCAGAGACUGUCAACGACACAGAAUUGCUGACAAAUUCCACGGAUCCCAACAAAGAUAUGUACGUUAUACACGCAAUGGUGUAUCAAGUGGGCAUCCUCACCAACAAAACAGACAAUGAAACAACCAACCUGAAUACUACUGGUAACCAAGAGGCUGUGACAUUCUACCACACCAAUGGCUCUCAGGGACUGGAUCUGAGUAAGAUAUCUUCCCCUCUCCUGACUAACGUGACUGCUCAGAGUAUGGUAGGAGUAGCACCGAUGCCUGGUAACACUGAGAAUGGAGCUAACCAGUUGCCUUGGAGUACUCUGAACCAUCUGGCUAAUAUGUCACCACAGCAUGCUACAGCAGGUUCAGAACCAAUGAAACCAUCAAAGAGGUCGAUUAGAAGUAUCGACAUAGUAGACUCAAAUGAAGACGGUCCGUUCGAUAAUUUGUAUCGAAGUUUAUUCAAGCGAGAUGUGUCUGGCGAGAAGACGCCGGUGUCUAUCCGCAGCGGGUCGGCGGUCAUCCCGCAGGGGGCGCACGUUCAGUCCAUUGGCAUCCCCCCUCUACUGACGCUGAACAACAACAUGUCCAACAUACCAGUGCCUAUACCCAAUACUUCUGUCGUACAUUAUUCUAAGAUUAACACGCUUGUCACCCAACCUUAAAUAUACCAUUUACUGCUA